UAUGAUGAUUGUUAUAUUUUAUUUUUAAUUUCUAUUCUUUAUUUUAUUUCAAAUAUCUUUCAUUAUAUAUUUGUUGACUAUUAAACUCUUUAUAUUGUGUUCUAUUUUAACUUCUGUAUAGACAUAUAUAUGUGCAUAGCAAUGCUAUAUAAUAAUAGCAUACACAUAUAUAUAUAGGGUUCAUCCCCGGAAAUUCUUAGAAUCAACCCCCCCGCGGAUACGGCGGUUUCGCUGUAUCCGAUUGCCGACUCUUAUUGCGCCACCCUGUACAUUGUUGUUCCAGGUAGCAGUGUCUCGUAAGACCUGCGCUAUAAACGAUUUAAUCUCGCUUUGAGAAAACUUUGUUCCGCAGAUUAAAGAGGCCGCUAUUUGUCCAAAAAGUAUAUGUACUCCGUCUGCAGCCGCGGAGAGCCUUCGAUUGCGGGACGUUGGAAAUGUGUCGCGCGAUUCUUCUUCGACGGAAUUUGCAAUAAUAAUUUGUGUGCCGCGCGAAUAGCACAACAACAGGGAGAAGGAAAUAAGCGAUGCGAUAAACUAAAUACAAUAAGAUAGGAAAUAAGUGAUGCGAUAAAAAAAUACAAUAAGAUAAAUAGAAAAUAAGUAAUGCGAUAAAAAGAUACAAUAGAACAGAAAAUAAGUGGUAAAGUCGACGAGGUGAAGCGAAAAGGUUGAGAAAAUAAUAGAGAAGCGAUACGAUUUUGUUGAUGUGCUCCACACAACACUUAGGAACGCUCCGCAGAGCCGAAUGAAACGAGAAUAUCCGUUAAUUGCCGGAAACAAUAUCUCUUCGAGCCUUUAAUUUACGUUUGCUUUACUUUCGCGAAAGAAUGGCGCAACAUGGGGAUCAGACUGAUUCCCAUGUCUAUGGGAUCAGAAAUUCCAGAAUGUGAGACUUCCGAAUAGAAAAACAAAGUCCGUUCGAAAUCCAUAGGAAGGAGGCUCUGCUACUAAUUCCAACCACUUUCGUCUUAUCUACCUAAACACAUUUAAUUUAUAGGAUCAAACAUGCAAAUGUUUGUGUUUGCUGUUGAGUCGAAGCAUGGACCAUUUUACACGGGAGGAAAUGUUCAGUGGAGUACCGAUGGACAACAUAUAUUCUGUCAAAAACAUGCUACAGUUUCUGUUGUAUCCAUACAGGAUUGUUUAAUGGUAGUAUCUCAUUUGCAAGAAAGAAACAGUGAAGAAGAAGAUCCAAUUAAUACAUUUACAACAAGCAGCAACGAUGUAAACAUAAUUACACAUCAUAAAAGUGGUCUCUUUAAAUUUUGGGAUUGGAAAGAUAAUAAGGUGUUGAAGGUAUGGAAAUCAACCCACAAGGGUCCUGUAGCACGUAUUGCCUAUUGUAACGAAAACAGUUUAAUGGCAUCGGGAGGCACUGAUGGUAUUAUCACAUUGUGGGAUUUGCAACGUCACACCUGUAUUCAUAAUCUAAAAGGAAUUCAAGGAGUUGUCAGUGUUUUAGAUUUUCAUCCUGAUAAUCAAAAGAAUCUUCUGUUUGCUGCUGGCGAUGAUCUGAAAAUUUAUGGUUGGAAUAUAUUAUCUGGCAUACAAGAAAUUGCAUUCCUUGGUCAUUUUAGCAAAGUUACAUCUCUAUCAUUUCAUGAUAAUGGUGACUACUUAGUCAGUUCAGGAAGAGAUAAAGUACUAAUUUUAUGGAAUAUUACUUCACAAUCGCCUAUACGUGUUUUACCAGUAUACGAAGAGAUAGAAGAUGCCUUCAUUAUACCUAAAAAUGUAAAACUACCAGCAACUGUUCAUGACAGAUUGGAUGAUCAUGUUUAUGUCGCUGCUGCGGGAAAUAAAGGUGUAAUUAAAAUUUGGGAAAUGAAAGCUGGAAAACAAGUAUAUGUCAACAAAUUAUCAGAUAUAUCAACAGAAGGAGAAGAAGGAAACCUUUCCAUUACACAUUUACUUUAUAAUCAAAACAAUAAUACUUGUGCUGCAGUUACUGUUGAUCACAAUAUAAUUGUUUAUUCAUUAGAAACGUUUGAAUGUAUUAAACAGUUGGCCGGUUAUAGUGACGAAAUUUUGGAUGUUGUCUACAUUGGAGAGAAUGGAACCCACAUAGCCGUUGCUACUAACAGUUGGGACAUUAAAUUGUAUAAUACAUCAACUAUGAAUUGCGAAUUAUUGCGCGGGCAUUUAGAUAUUGUUAUGGCUCUUGCUACAACGUCUGCCAAUGUCUAUUUAUUUCUGUCUGCGGCAAAGGAUAAUAGUAUUCGUGUAUGGUAUAUGGAUAAGCAAUCUUUGAAAGUGUCUUGUGUUGCAUCUGCUACUAGGCAUACUGCUUCUGUUGGAUCUAUUGCAAUUUCUCAAAUGUCAUGUAAAUUCUUUACUUCCGUUAGUCAAGAUUUGUGUCUUAAAUUGUGGAAUUUACCAAACAAUUUAGAGUUUGAUGAUGAACAUUCCCUGGAUGUAGUGCACACUGUUUUAGCUCAUGAAAAGGAUAUUAAUUCCGUGACUAUUUCACCAAAUGACAGAUUAAUUGCUACUGGAUCACAAGAUAAAACAGCAAAAUUAUGGUCAGCUAAUGAUUUACAAUUACUUGGAGUAUUUCAUGGUCACAAAAGAGGUGUUUGGUGUGUAAGGUUUUCUCCAAUAGAUCAAGUACUUUUGACAACAUCGGCCGACUGUACAAUGAAGCUCUGGUCACUGUCGGAUCUUUCCUGUUUAAAAACAAUGGAGGGUCAUGAAUCUUCAGUAUUGAAAGCAGAAUUUUUAUCACGUGGUAUGCAGUUGAUUACAGCGAGCGGAGAUGGGCUUUUAAAACUUUGGAGUAUCAAAACGUCCGAGUGUUUAUGCAGUUUAGAAGAGCAUGACAGUCGUGUGUGGGCAAUGGCUGUUAGAAAAGACGAGAAGAUAAUAAUUAGUGGCGGAAGUGAUUCAUUAUUAAUUACUUGGAAAGACGUAACGCAAGAAAACAAGGAAAAAACAGAAUUAGAAAAGAAACAAUUGGCACUCGAAGAACAGGAAUUAGCAAAUUUACUGAAGGCGAAUAAACUAAGUUCUGCGCUAAAUUUAAGUCUGAAGUUAAAACGACCCAAGCAAGUACUGAAGAUUAUAGAAAGUAUUUUAAUUGAGAGUUAUCCUAAGCUUAUAAAAACAAUUAAUGAGUUAAACUCUUCAAACAAGGAAGAAUUGUUGAAAUGUGCUACCAUAUGGAAUACUAACAGCAAAACCUGUCAAGUGGCUCAGAUUGUUCUAAGGGCUCUAAUAGUGGAACAGGAGCAAUUGCAUGAAAACUCUAUGCUCACGAUGGAAUCUACGAUACCCUAUACUGAACGACAUUAUACAAGAGUUACGAAGUUGCUACAAAAUCUUCACUUAUUAACAUAUACGUUAAAUCGUAUGAAACCAUGUGUUACAUCCACAGAAUCCACCACAUAGUGGUCCACCAUAAAGUGGACUUAAAUUAAUUGGAAUUAAUUAAAAUUAAGAAGAAAUGUUGAAUUUCUAAUAAAUUUUCUAAUGUAAAUA